AUGUCCGCACUCGUCGACAAGCUCAAGGGCAAGGCGAAGACCCUCUCCAAAGGCGACAAGAUCCCCUCCUCCGCCGCCCUCAAGGAAGACAACCCCGAGAAAGGCACCGUCGACCUCUCCUCCCUCCCCGGCACCAACAUCAUCGUCGGCGUCCCCGGCGCCUUCACCCCACCCUGCUCCUCGCAAGUCCCCGGCUACGUCCAGCAAGCCGACCAAUUCGCGGCCAAGGGCGUCAAGGGCAUCUACAUCGUCGCUGUCAACGAUGCCUUCACCACCCAGGCCUGGAAGGAGAAGCUGAAUGCCAACCACCCACUUGUGCACUUCCUCGCCGACGACACUGGUGCGUUCUCGAAGGCUGCGGGUCUCGAUUUUGAUGCGAGUGGGUUGUUGGGCAACCACCGUUCGCAGAGGUAUGCGGCCAUUGUGGAGAAUGGGGCUGUGAAGGAUAUUUUUGUGGAGGAUGAGGCGCCGGGUGUUACUGUAACUGAGGCUGCUAAGGUUCUACAGCAUGUUUAG